AUGUUGUACGCAAUUGGUUUCGCCCUCGUCGCUGCCGUGCUCGCCGGCCUCUCGCCGCUCUACUGGACGCACCUCGACAACGUGCCCGUCCUCGAGAUCGUCGCGCACAUGGUCCUCUGGUCGACGCUGCUGCUGGUGGUCACGAUCACCGCGACGGGCCGCCUCGGCCUCUUCAUCAACGUACUCGACAAACGCACGGUGCUCCUGCACUGGAUCGCCAACGCAUUCAUGGUGUGCAACUACUACCUCCUCGUCCACGCCUCGCUGCACGCGACGCUACUCCUGCUCAGCAUGGGCUAUUUCUUCGCACCACUGCUCGAGAGCCUGCUUUGCCGCGUCUUUCGCCGCGAAGUGCUCUCGUCGCGCCAGGACGUCGCCAUCGUCGUCGCCGCCUUCGCCGCCAUUGUGAUUGGCAUCGGUUUUGAAGCCGUUCCGUUUGUCGGGCUCCUCGCUGCCGUCUCGUUAGCGCUCCACCGCGUGUUGAAGAGCGUCAAGCCGCUGCCGCCCGUCAUGGGCGCUACGCUCGAGGGCCUUGGUCUCGUCGUGCCCGCGAUCGUGUACAUCGCCGUCAUCACCACCAACGGCACGAGCCUCUUCUGGCACAUUAGCGGCCACGUGAACGGGCUUCUUAUCGGGACCAGCGUAAUCAUCGUGGUGCCCCUAGCCUUUGUGUGCAAGGCGGCAGCGUCGCUCAGCCCCAACGUCCUCCAGCUCGUGGGCGCCGCGACGCCGACAGUGUUUUUGUUCUUGGCCAUCUUCAAAUCGCACGAAGCGCUCCCGCUCAUCGCGUUCAUCGGGUACCUCAUGCUCUGGAUGGCGUUCACGAUGGACAUCAUGGAGCGUCUCCGCCGAACCAAGGAGACGAAAGCGUCCGAGAUCCUCGGCGACGCCGGCAUGGGCGACGGCUUCGUCGCGGCCAGCCCCGUCUAA